UACUGUGAAUUGUAUUCACAUGUGGCUGUGCGUUAGUAUGCGUAGGUGGAGGGGCAGUUUUCUUGGGGCACCGGUCUGCAAUCUGGUACCGCUGCUGCGAUCGUUAAGCUGCACAAAACGGCGGAGUUUUCUAAAUGUAAACUGUCAUAAUAGCUUGCCGUGCAAAUUGCCAUUUCUUAAGGGUUUGCUAGUCGGUUCUUUUUACCGCAAACAGAUCAACAUGACAGACGCGGAAAGUUUAAGGGAAGCAAUCGCACAAUACGAACAGCAGUUGACACAAGUUCAGGCAACCCUAUCCACGAAGGUAUCGGGGGCCGACAGAGACAAUUUAUUAAGCUUGGAAUCCGAUAUACAAGAACUAAUUAAUUUAACGAAAGAGAGCUUGCAUAGCGUCGAAACGGGUGAUACAGGGAACGAAUCGAAGACGGAAAGUUUAAACGACGAGGACGAAGAUCCACUAGCAAAGGAGUAUACCUUGUUUAAGGCGGAAUUGGAGGAAGUCUCAAAUGAUUCUGAGAAUAGUAAGCAGAAUGAACAAGCCAAGGGAGCUUCAAACAAUAUAGAAGAAGAAUUGAAGCAGCUCGAGGGCAUGAAAUGUAGAGCCCCACAUGGUAGCAGUUGGGGAGGUAUUGGUUACCAUAAUGCUAUGAUAUGCUCAGUUUAUCAGACUGAUGUUACAGAAAUAAAGAACAUGCAAGAUAUAAAGGUCAGAGUACUUUUCUUAAAUCCAACACACAAAGAAAUGCUUCCAUGCCCCUAUUAUUUGAAUGGAAAAUGUAAAUUCUCUGAUCAGGAUUGCAGAUUUUCGCAUGGUGAACUAGUACCAUUAUCUAGUAUACAAGAAUAUAGGGAACCUGACUUUCAAAGUAUAAAAAUGGGUAGCAGGGUACUAACAAAACAAAAAAAUGAAUUGUGGCAUAGAUGCAUUAUUCUAAAAUUGCCAGAAAAAGAUGGAGAUGUUGUUCGUGUUAAAUUUGAAGCAAGUGGUAACAUUACUGAAACGUGUUUGCAAGAUAUUUUGCCACUCGAUGAUGCAGACUUAGAAAUGUCAGAUACAUCCGAUGAUACGGAUAAUGAAACAGAUUCACUGGAAUAUUCUAAAGAGGAAGUAAUUCACAAGUCUCUCCUUACUUUGGAGAAUAAUGCAUCGUUGGGAAAUUGGGAGAGACAUACGCGUGGUAUAGGUAGUAAACUAAUGGCUCAAAUGGGAUACAUAGUAGGUACUGGUCUGGGAAAGCAUUCUGACGGUAGAAUAGAACCGGUCGAAGCAACUGUAUUGCCUGCUGGUAAAUCUUUAGAUCACUGUAUGGAAUUGCGAGAAAACGCGGGUGGGGAUAAAAAUCUAUUUACCGUAGAACGUAGAAUGCGGAAACAACAACAAAAACUAGAACAACAAAGGGAGAGACAAUACCAAAGGGCAAAACAACAAGAAAAAAAAAAUAUAUUUAAUUUCUUAAAUACAACCUUGGGUAAUAAAUCUGAAAAUGAAACGCAAACGAGUACCUCAAAAAACAAGAACGAUCUCAAAACAGAAUCGAAUCGACAGUUGAAUGUAGCAAGCUUUAAAAUUGGGGAAAAUAUUUUGAGGUUAGAGAGAGAAUCGUCCAAGUUAAAAGAAUCACUGACAAGGCAUACAAAGGGCAGUGUUCUCUAUAAUAACAUUGUCAUGAAGUAUAACGAGAAACAGAAAGAGCUUGUUGAUUUGAAAGCAUCGGAAAAGAAUAUAGCCGCCGAACAAAAUCAACGAAAGAACAGAGCAAAAUUGUCUAUAUUUUGAUGAUCAAUUCACUUUUAUACAGUACACAAAAUGUACCUAUG